AUGAAUGAGCUCACUGUUCAUCAAUGCCAGAAGGAGAAUAGUUCAGCCCAUGAUCGACCAGUCGAACCGUGCAGGCAAGUCUCCCAUAGUUACUGUAUUCAAGUCUCGCAGGCGAAAGGCCUCCACAAGCCAUGCACCCGGUCCCUCUCCCUUUCCUGGAGCUUCCUCGGCCGUAAGUCAAGGAGCCCCCUACACCCCAGAUGGACAACCCAUGGGGGGCUUCGUGAUGGACGGGCAGCAGCACAUGGGAAUCAGACCACCUGGAGCGAUGAGUGGCUUGGGGAUGAACAUGGGCAUGGAGGGACAGUGGCACUACAUGUAGUCUUUCGCCUGUCAAUCAAUCGCUCAUCAUAUGGGGAAGACUGCAGGGCAUGCCAGGGAAUUACCUGUCAGACGACGGCACUGUGUCCUGCUGGGCACCCUCACAUCAAAACCAGGACCCACCACUUCAAAACCAGGACUCCCUCCCGUAACCAGGAGCCUGCUCAGCUGCACAUGGCCCUCCCCUUGGGCCUCCCAGGCACCACAUUCCUGGACACCCCCCCCCACCCUGCUCUGUCCCACCCAGUGAUGAUGAUACACAGGGGAGGACAUCCUCACCACCAUGGGCCCAGCCACCCUGCCUAUGCCCCCUGCCAGCCUCAAGUCCCUAGAUGCCCAUCUCCCAUCCCAACAGACCCCUACCCCCCUUCAUCCUGAACCCUGGACUGCCUCGCCCAGUAGACUCUAAGGGAUUCCUCUUUGAAAAAAAAGCGAUUGAGAGACAUUGGGUGUUUUCUCUUACCCGAGACUGAAGACAACUAAAGAGGCACCUGCUAUGUACUAUGGACUCCUAGAAAAAAAUAAAAAGAGACUUCUUUCAGAGAACUGUACCUCCUCCAUGUCUCGACUGCAAAUGGAUUUGGACCAAGGAGAAGCCAAUGUCUGUAUAACACAGAGGUGCCCUUACAAAUAGGAUUCCAGAAGAGAUGAGAAUGAGGGGAAAGAAAGACAGACAGAGAUUGAAAGGCAAACUAUAUCAACUCCUAAAGGAGAGGGAAGAGGAGAGAGGGGAGAUUCUGUAUACUGUUGUACAAUUACGCUGGACUCUCAAGGAGAACUGGGAAUUGAAGUAUUGUAAAUGCUAUGGUAUUGUUCUGCAUAAUAUGUUGUUUCUAAUCGUUUUUUGGGAAAAAAAGGAUGUGAACUUCUUGUUUUUUUUUUGUUUCUUUCCACACUAUGUGUGUGCUGUCUCUAUGACUUCUGACCUCUGACCUCCUCCCUAUUAAAAUCACCAUGAGUUUAAAAAGAAAAAAAUAUAUGUGAAUAAACCAAUAAUUCGAUCAACCAA